CAUUUACUAUGUCUGCAGAUGGAGAAUCGAUUAAAAACAGGAAUUUCAAAUAUUACUACACUGAUGGAAUUUGUUCUCUUGGGGUUUUCUGAUAUUCCCAAUCUCCACUGGACUCUUUUUGGGAUAUUUUUAGUCAUCUACCUAACUAUCCUGAUGUGCAAUAGCAUCAUAAUAUUGGUAACAAGAAUUGACUCUGCUCUGCAGACCCCCAUGUAUUUUUUUCUUGGCAAUCUCUCCUUCUUAGAAAUCUGUUAUGUAACAGUCACAAUGCCCAGAAUGCUCAUGGACCUAUUGACCCAGAAAGGAAAUAUUUCUUUCUUUGCCUGCGCUGCACAAAUGUUUUUUUUCCUCACAUUUGGAAGCUCAGAGUGUCUUCUCCUGACAGUGAUGGCCUAUGACCGCUACAUGGCCAUUUGUGACCCUCUGCACUACCCUCUAAUCAUGAACCACAAGGUCUGUGUCCAGCUGGUGACUGUCUCCUGGAUCAGUGUAUUUCCAUUUGUAAUUGGGCAAACAUGCCAGAUUUUCUCUCUGCCCUUUUGUGGGUCUAACACAAUUAACCAUUUCUUCUGUGACAUCCCCCCAGUACUCAAGCUAGCUUGUGGGGACACACUUGUGAAUGAAUUUGUGGUCUAUGUAAUUGCAGUGGCAAUUGUCAUGGUUCCAUUUCUGUUGAUUGUUGUCUCCUAUGGCAAAAUUAUCUCCAGCAUUCUGAAAUUGUCGUCAGCCAAAGGGAGGGCUAAAGCCUUCUCCACCUGUUCUUCUCACCUGAUAGUUGUCGUCUUAUUCUAUGGAACGGCUACUAUCAAUUAUACACAACUGAAAUCAAAUCAAUCUGAAAGAGUUGGGAAAUUAAUCUCUCUUUUCUUCACCGUUUUGAUCCCAACUUUGAAUCCCAUUAUAUAUACUCUGAGGAACAAAGACAUCACAGUGGCACUAAGAAAACUACUAACGAAGAUUUUAAUAUGA